CCAGCUCGCAUUUUCGUUUUCGUUUUUUCUCUCUCUUCGCCUCGCUCUCACGUCGCUCCCCCGUACCUCGUCUCUCCCUGUUUUUCUCCGCCAUGGCUCCUCGCCUCCCCGUCUCUGCUCGGGCCACCUCUCGCCGGUCUGUCACCCCGACGCCGUCCAGCGUCCUGGCUCACUCUGGGACGUCUGGACCUGCUAGUCCUGAGGAGGACGAGCCGUUGUCGGACGAUCUCAUCCUAUCGGCGGCUGACAACGCCGCUCCUGCUCUCGCAGAGGCCUUUGCCCCUGCACCUCAGCCGCAGGCAUUUGACGACGGGGAUGCUCCCUCAGAUCCGGCGGGGGACACUCCUCCCCCCAGCUUCGGGGCCCUGGACCACCCAGGGGCGAAUUCCACGCGUCGCCGCAUGCCAAGUUCAGACUCGGCAUCCAUCGCUCCUCCGCCGAAGCGUGCCAAAGGGAAAGAGAAGGCCGCGGCUCCGCCGUCAUCACCAGACGGCGACUCCCCCCAUGCCUUACCACAUUCCUUGCCGCAACGAGCCCGCGUUCACUUCGCUCACCCAAUCGGGCGCUCGGAUGCCCCGACCUCGUCGAUCUCGGGCACUCGCAUUAUUCACGAAGGUGCGCCGCCUUCACCUCAGGGCGGUUCCUCCGUCCGCCUCCCGGCCUCUCGCGAGUCCUCCCCGGCUCCUGCGUCGGCGCCCGGGAUCACCUUCUGGGACUCCCUCUCGAAUGCUACCCGCGAGCAGUUCAUAUCCAUGGUCUCCGACCAGGCGAGCCGCACCUCUAUGCUGGCGAAUGCCCGCGCUCCUUCUGCCCGGUCUCCCCUUCCCCGCGGUUCCCGUGCUGCUAUGCCCAGGGCUCCUGCGCCCUCAGCGGCUGCUGCCCACUCCACGUCCACUUCGGCGCCCGUUCCGCGUGCCUUGCCUACGGCAGGGAGGCUACUGAGUGGCCUUACUCUGCCGGACCACCCGCUGGCCAUCGCCGCCAUCCAGGCGGGUUGGACCAAACAUAUUCCACUCACGCUGCUUACCAACGACACUUUACGCGGCCUCAAGUGGUCCAAAUCCACGGAUCGCACCACCGCUACCGUCUCGGACUCGGGCGUGCUCACUCUCCUGCCCUCUACCUGGACUGCGGAAGGCGAACAUGCGCUGACGCUGCCCGAGUGGAUGCAGGCGUUCCCGCGCCUCAUCCGACUCAUCCGCCUCUACUUUCCUGAGGAGCCGGACAGUGGUUUGGCGGCGUGCUGGGCCCAGAUCUGGCAGGAUCACUAUGACGGUAUCCGCCUGCACCCGGACGUUUACAAGCGGGGCCGCUGGCAGCUAUUCUUAGCGUACGAUAUCGAGUGCCGCCGCAUUCACGCGGCCGGUGUCGAGGACUUUGAUCCCUCCACCUUCCAGGACCGGGUCUGGAACCGUAUCGUCACGGAUUUCAACCUCGACCACUCGGUCGAGCGCGCCACUUCCUCCUCCACCUCCGGGACCUCGUCCUUUCGCGCCUCCUCAUCGCGCCCCUCGCGUGCUGCGUCCACUGCCACUCCCGCUACCUCCGCUGUUGCAGGCUCCAGCUCCCAACGCUGCAUCUUCUGCCUCGCCACCGGCUGCCGGAACCGCGCCUGUGGUAUCACCGACACCGGCUACAUCUCACUCCGGGCUGGCAAGUGGUCGACUACUGCCAACGAGCUCGUUUGUUUCGCUUUCAACGGCGCCGCGGGGUGUGCCCGCCAACCCUGCCGCUUCCUCCACCGCUGCACCAAGUGCGGCGCGUCUCACUCAGCUCAGGCAUGCGCUUGA